AUGAAUGACUGCACUACAUUCAGUAAUGGUAACAAGGAGGCUAAGUCCGAAACUCCAAAGAACUAUUGUUUUGGAUGUCUGUGUGAUAGCAAGGAAAGACAAAUACAAAACUAUACAUUUGUUUGCGGCCCUCUCAAGGAACUAUUUCAGAUUCAGAAUGUAUUCCUGUGUUAUAUAUGCAAGAGGGUUGCCCAACAUACAGAACAAUUCAUACAGAAUGUACAAAGCAAUCAGAUUUUAUUGGAAAACUUUUCUAAUGCUACCAUGGACGAAACAUUAACAUCAGUAAGAUCGCAAACAGAACCUCUAGUCAAUCUAAGACAAGUCUCACAUAAUGUUAUUGAAUUAAGAGAGAAUGAAAGUAAUAGCUUUGAAGAGUCCUUCACUGUGGUGACCACUGUCAAAGAAAAGGGAGAUGUUAAAGUCAAGAUAGAGAUGAAAGAAGAAACAGAGUUGUUAGAUAAUAUAGAAGCUGAGUUCAUAAAUCAAGAUGAUGAAUUUCCUGACAUGUAUCUGAAAGAAGAAGAUGAAUUUCCUCUCAACACGAUGUUAAAAGAAGAACUAGAGAUUAGAAAUGUUGACAAGUUAAAACUUCUAAAUCUAAGUUCAAAAAUAAAGAAGGAAGUGAAGAAAAAGGACAGGAUAAAAAGAAAAGGCGAAAAGAAGUAUAGAAAAGAAAUACCUGAAGUAAAAGUGGUAUACAUUACAAGAAAACAAUGUAUGGAGGAGCGAACUAAGAUGUCAAAAGCUCAGAAGUAUUUAGCUUCCGUGUACAAAUGUACCAAUUGCAUCAAGGGCUUCACUUUCAAAGGGAGUUACGACACACACAUGGAGAAACAUAAUCAAAGCAAUGGUGAUUUCGAGUGCGACAUUUGCAAACAGAGAAUGGAUUCAGAUGAUAAAUUAGUCAGCCAUAUAAGAUAUCAUUUAAUUCGAUACAAAUGUCCAAUAUGCCGUCUAACACGAAACUGCCGAAAGACAAUUAAGGAUCACUACUCUGCGUAUCACCUUGGAGGCGAUCAGUAUUACAAGUGCUCACAGUGUGUGAAGACAUUCAAGUGCCAAACGUCGCUACGUAAGCACGUGUUAUACAUGCACGUUCGCCGCGAGCGCGUGCAGUGCGCGUACUGCGCUCGCACUUACGCCGACAAGACUGUACUAAAGUCGCAUAUGAUGUUAAAACAUUCCAAAGAGGUGUCAGCAGUAGAAGUUAGUAAGAGAUGUGUGUGUGCUGAAUGUGGGAUGGCGUUUAAAACUCCGUCCCAACUCCGCAACCAUAGCAUAAAACACUCCGACACACGGAACUAUUAUUGUGUAGAGUGUGACAAGAGCUUCAAAUCAGAAAGUAUAUUGAAAACUCAUCUGAAGACUACCGCUAUCCAUGUUAAUUAUAAAGAACUACCCCUGUCCUGUUCACACUGUGAAAAACGUUUUUCGAAUCGCCGAGACGUUGAACGGCACAUGAAUCGGAUUCAUCUAAAUGUCAAACCCUUCAGAUGUGACAGAUGUGAUAAGCCCUUGGAUGGCCAUUCGGAGCCUAAUGGAGUUGGCUCGACGGGAGCGAGUAACAUUUCCAAGAGAAUCGAUCCCACGCCAUUUCCCUCCAUCGGGGAAAUACAAAGCAUCUUUACACGGGUUCUGCAUGCUUCGGUGUCAGGAUACGCCGCGGUGGUGUUUUUAAGUACCGUAAAGCGGGAUGGUACUACGGCGGUUCACUUAGUAACUUCUAAGAGUAAGGUGUCUCUUCUAAGGACUCGGUUGACUAUCCCUAAGUUGGAACUUUCGGGAGCUGCCUUACUCACUAGGUUGCUGAAUCGCGUUACCUUUACGUUAGGCAAGUUGAUAGAACUAUCGGAGGUGUACGCUUGGUCGGAUAGCCAAAUCGUCCUGGCUUGGCUUCAGGCUUCUCCCCACAGGUUGGAAGUCUUUGUCGCCAAUCGAGUGUCUCAGAUCCAGGCUUCGGAGGCGAAGUUGACCUGGAGACACGUUCCAGGUGAACUCAAUCCGGCGGAUGUGGCUUCACGGGGUUGUGAUGCUCCCACUUUGGUAGACCAUCCCCUCUGGUGGGGUCCAAAGUGGCAGGUGGAUCUGGCUUAUGUGAAUUCGUGGGGACUAAAGGACCACCAGCGCUUCAUUCAUGAAGGGUACAAAAGACCACUGCAGUUUCCGUGCCCAAUGUGUGACAAAGUUUUUGAUCGUAAUCAGAUCCUUAAAAUCCACAUACGCACGCAUACUGGCGAACGUCCAUACAUAUGUAGCAAAUGUCCAGCGAAAUUCAGUCAAGCCAGCAUCCUUCGGACACAUGAUCGACUUAUACAUCUCAAACUGACCAGGGACGGUAGACCGAAGACAGGGGGAGUAAAGUAG